GGAGACAGCGCGCAAUUUGAUUAUGAAUAAUUGGGCAAACGCAAAUGUCAAGCUGAGUGCGACAGCAAUAUUUGAACUAGAAAACAUUGCUCAUAUGCGCAGAAUGGCCUAUCAAUGAUGUUCCAUUUGUAUAUACUUCAUUCUCCAAAUUCUACACCCCCCUCGUAUAAAUGUUCCAUGAAAAUUUGAUCUGAGAUCAUCAACCCGGGAUUUUCAAAAGAUAAUAUAUUAUAUAUCGCAGCUUCCAAUAGAGUUCCUGGUUUCUUGCAAGACCUAUAUUUACUUGAAAUCUAUCUAUUUGAUCCAGCUAAAAUCCGUACAGAGCCGGUCAGAAGCCCGUAGACUCAUCCCUUGCUUGAUUUUUUUUUUUUAGUAGUACCCAAAUUUUUGUUAGCAAUUGAUCGCAUCUUGCUCUUUCAAAGGCGUGACUAAUUUAUUCUGCUCUGCUUCCACUUCUGGAAUUUUGUGUUUCGAUACCCUUUGUCUUUGAGAGCAAAUUCUUAAUUUUAGUUGAUUUGAAGUGAGAGUAACAUUGCUAAGUAUAUUCAAUUGCAUGAAAAUUCGAUUAUAGUUGUCUGUGAGAUUCGGCUGAAUUGCUGAAUUGGGCGUGGCGAAUUUAUUUUUGGGCAGUUUAGGGGCAGCGUGUUAAUAUAUUGAAGGGGCUGAAUUUUCUGGGUGCCUAGAUGAGGGGGUCAUACGAGGGGUUUCAAGUGUAAUGAAUGAGGGGUUUUCUGGGUAUUCGUUCAAGUUAUGGUUCUUUAGGUAAACAGCUACAGAAAAGAUUUCCAAUUAUUCACACAGUACGAAAGCUUUCCAAGAUGGUAAAGGAGAAAGAGAAGCUCUUCAUGCGGUUCUUCAAGUUUACAGGGCAAAAGAGUAUUGGAAUGCUGUUACUCUUUGCUAUUUGUGCUGCGUUUUUCUUCUGGGUUUUGAACGUUGAAAAAGGUGAAGAAUCACGGGAAAUAAACAGUGUUCAGAACAAUAAUGUUAAUGAAAGCAUUGUGAGCCUAACUUCAGAUAUGGUGUUGCCUCCUCCUCCCCCUAGCCAUUUUAUGGGCUACACACUUCCUCCUGGGCAUCCUUGUAAUAGUUUCGUACUGCCUCCUCCACCAGCCGAUAAAAAACGCACUGGGCCACGGCCAUGCCCGGUUUGUUACCUACCAGUUGAAGAAGCCAUAGCACUGAUGCCAAAAUCUCCAUCACCUUCACCAAUCCUUCAGAAUUUAACUUUUAUCUAUGAGGAAAAUUUGAGUAGAGAUGGAGAAUUUGGUGGUUCUGACUUCGGUGGAUAUCCCACUUUGGCGCAGAGAAGUUAUUCUCACCAUAUUCAACCAUCAAUGAAUAUACACUGUGGAUUUGUUCGUGGAAUCAAACCUGGCCGCAACACAGGGUAUGAUAUGGAUGAGGAUGACCUCCUGUAUAUGGAACAGUGUACUGGCAUUGUUGUUGCAUCUUGCAUAUUUGGAAAUUUUGAUGAGAUAAAUGAGCCAUCAAAUAUAAGUGAAUAUUCGAAGAAGACUGUAUGCUUCCUUAUGUUUGUAGAUGAAGAAACAGAAAAAUAUCAGAGAAGUUCUGGCAGGCUUGAUAGCAGCAAGAAAAUUGGGGUAUGGAGAGUUAUAGUUACACGGAAUCCUCCUUACACUGAUGGUAGACGGACUGGAAAGAUUCCAAAGCUUCUGAUACAUAGAAUGACUCCAAAUGCCCGCUAUUCUAUAUGGAUUGAUGGAAAGCUUGAGCUUGUUGUUGAUCCUCAUCAAAUUCUUGAAAGGUUUUUGUGGAGAAAGAAUGCAACGUUCGCAAUAUCGAGACAUUAUAAGCGGUUUGAUGUAUUUGUUGAAGCUGAGGCAAAUAAAGCUGCUGGAAAGUACGAUAAUGCCUCUAUUGACUUUCAGAUUGAGUUUUAUAAGAAUGAGGGACUGACCCCAUAUACAGAGGACAAAUAUCCCAUCAUAAGUGAUGUUCCUGAAGGAUGUGUAAUUGUCCGAGAGCUUAUUCCUAUUAGCAACCUCUUCACUUGUCUCUGGUUCAAUGAAGUUGAUCGGUUUACUUCUAGGGAUCAGAUAAGUUUUUCAACCGUGAGAGACAAAAUUUUGUCUCAGGUGGAUUUUCAUUCUAAUAUGUUCCAGGAUUGUGAGAGACGCAAUUUUGUAGUUCAGAAAUACCAUCGCGAAGUAAUGGAGCUGAUCAAGGCUCUACGUUCUCCUCCCUCUUCACCCCUAUCUCUGCCGCCACCUUCACCGCCGCCACCAUUGCCGGAAAGUCUGCCUGUGGUGGCAUAUCCUAGACAACAAUGGACAGAUUGGAGGACGGCGUCGAUGUACAAUCGGAAAGCUUUUCCUGGCAAUGGAGAUUCUGGUGCGACUUAAGAAUUGAUUUUGGGUAUUCACAUUCUUUUUCAUUCCACUGAGGAAAAUUAUUCAGUGUUGAGCAGAGGAAAAUGUGCAGGAAGGAUGUGUUGAGCUUUUUUGCAAUUAGACUCUGUUUUUCUUACGCUUUAAUUUCUUGAAUUGUUCUUGCUUAUUCGUUAUUUUUUUUGCUGUAUAUGUAUAGUAAAUUUUCAAUAUUAUAUUGUUCCAUUAUUUUGUUCCGUUGUUGAAGAAAAAAUAUAUUUGUUCUCAUUUGUAUUCAA